AUGGAAUCGGAUACUGACGAUCAUUCAAAUGUAGCUGCGUGUAUGAUCGCAUAUCAAGGUCCACUUGCAUUGAAUCAAUCAAUAGAUGACACUACGAACUCGACCUUUUCAAUAUCGUCAUCACCGGUUCAAUCUCCAUUGCAUUCGAUGCAUGAACCUCAUAUCAACACGAUUGUCGAUAUCUCAUCGGUAGAGUCGACAUCGUCAAUAAAAUCAGCUCUUUCAACGCCAAAUCGUCCAUUCAAGCAUCAAACCAUCACGAAACGUGUUUCAAUUGAACAUCCUGAGAUCGGUUUAAGCCCGGAUGAAGAGACUCAAAGGACGUCACAACCUUCAGUCGAUUCAGCCGUGAAGUUACGGGGUCAUCGGACACGAACGGACCAUAGCAAAACAUCAACUCAAAGCUCUUUUGCUGUCCGGGACUCGGUACUAUCCCGUGUAUCGUCCAAUGUCGGUGGUCUAAGAGAGAGUUUCUUUGGGGUUAUUGGACGAGGUCCUCUAGUAAAUGACCCACUCGAACUUUCAUCCGAUCAAGAGUUUAACCUCGAUGUCAUUGAUGAAAGUGGUGGCAUGGGGAACACCAUUGGUGAGAUCUUGAAACCUCAGGUGAACUUUCGAAAUUGGUCCACUGAAGGCUAUACGGUACUUGGUAUCGGCCUUGUUUUGCUGCUACUAAUGUUUGGGUUGACAGAGCUCACGGACUCUCUCAAUGGCUAUACUAUCGACCCUGGUCUCGUAUUUGGAUCACUGGUUACUCUCAUCCUUUGUUUCGGCGUCUUUGUGACGUAUCAUGGUGUCCAGAGUUUUCAGACGCAUCCAAACCCUCUCAUUUACUACAAGUGUAUCAUUGACAUUUGUCUAGCACUUCGGUUCCUAUUGGACCCAUUGCUAUUGGAAUUGGGAGUCUACAGAGCAAACGACGAGGCCUCGUGUGCUUAUCUCUCAGGCAUCACGCAAUUUUUAUAUCUGUCCAGCGAUUCCUGGUACUUUGCGCUAAUUUUCGACUUGUACUGGUCGCUCACGAAUCCAUUUAUGAGUGUUAAGGCCAAUCGAAGAAGGUGCAAAAUCUUGGUGUACUCGACUGGAGUGUUUACGGGUAUUUUAGCGGCCUUUGUGCCGAGUAUUCGUGGCUUUGCCGAUGGAAAUUACUGCUGGACAAAGCGGAAAACCAUAAAUGAUCCCGUUCAACGAAACUUUUUCCACCUGAAUAAGGGCAGUUGGCUACUGUUCUAUACGUGGAUGAUCUUGUUUUACAUUUCGGGCAUUGCAGUACUGACGUUCGGUGUCAAGCGACUCCGUUCGGGGCUGCGGGAUACACUACAAAGUCGACGCGAGAUGCUACGGAACGGCACGCUAUCGAUUACGAGUUAUACCAUUUACUGGACUGUCGUGUUCAUUUGGUACGCUGCGUCAUUUCAGACGCGCACGACAUACGACAAGAACGGCCACAUUUCGCCGAGUCAUGUUUUCCGAGGGUUUUCGUUCACGCUAACGGCUCGUGGUGCUGUUGACUAUUUUGUGUGGUUCAUGAUUAACAAGCCGAGUCUAAUACGAGCAAAUUGGCUCAAGUUCACGUCCGAUUCAGCGGACAAGCAAUUCAGCGCGCAGCUCAAUACUGCACUGCAGGAGGAACUGAUUUACUUUACCAUAGAGGGAAUGACACGUGCUGUAAAAACCGCCGAAGAGGACCUUAUUCGCAUACGCGAGCGGUCUCCGACACAGGAACUUGUGUUGGGUGCGAGUGACAGUGACGAUGACGGGAAGUCGACACAGAGUCUCGCUGAAGCUGCAACAACCGCUACAGGUCCCAUCGGAUCGGAAAGUAGCAGCAAUUUGUUUCGCAAUGGGCCGGGAAACCGAAUGCUCUACACCAUACAGGAGGUUAUUAACGCUGGGCUUCGUCGGAAUAGCAGUGCUGAUGCAGAAACACGAGCUGUGAAGAAGAAAAACAGCAAGGAAGGUGACUUUAGUUUUGAUAUUCCUGCAGAUCAGCGCUCGAUACAACAGCCAUGUAAUGUCAAGCGUCGUACUUCGAAUCCUUCGUCUGCUUCAACGGCUGCAACAUCAGUAGACCCACGAUCGCAAUUCCCAGUUGCAGACACGACGGCAGCGUCUAUUCGGUUCACGCCGUAUAAGCCGCAGGCUUUCGCUGAGCUUCGUCAAGCUUAUGGAAUCAAGGCAGUCGAUUUCAUGAAAUCUUUCCAAACCAGUACGAAGCCCAACAUCAGUGAAGGCGCAAGUGGUGCGUUCAUGUUUUUCAGUGGUGACAAGAAGUAUAUUGUGAAAUCUAUGGCUGAAGAAGAAGCACGCUUCCUAUGUGAGAUCGCUGAAAAGUACGUAGAGUAUCUGACGCUGAAGCCGUCGUCGCUCAUUACAAAGUUUUAUGGGUGUUUCAAGAUUACCAUGUACGACAAGCGUUUCUACUUUAUCGUUAUGGAAAACCUCUUUGAUGCAAUGGAAGAAGGCGUGCAGAUCCACCACCGGUUUGAUAUCAAAGGUUCGUGGGUGAACCGAAGCUACAAGCGCCCACGGUUAGGAGCCAAGGUCAAGUGCCGGCACUGUUCAAUGAUGUUUAAGUAUGGCGCAAAGAAGAGGUUGCUACAGUGCUCCAAUGUUGUCGGACUUCACGAGCCGAAUGUGGUGUUGAAAGACAAUGAUUUGCGCACAAGAAUGCGAAUCGGUACAAAAGAAGGUGUCGAGCUGUAUGAGCAGUUGCGUGAUGACUCCUUAUUUCUCUGCAAGCAUGGAAUUAUGGACUACAGUUUGCUCCUGGGGGUCAUGGACAUUGAAUUUGCCGUGGACCAACCACCGAUAAAGUCGACCUUUAGUCAGUACACGGUUGCAAACCCGAUGACUAAUAGGGCGACCAACUUGUCGACCACUAGUGUUACGACCGACAGUUUGGUCUCGUCUACGAAUUGGUCGUUGAAAAGUUCGACAAGUGAAUUGUCGAGUCACCCUGACAACGACAAUGAAUCAAUGGCAAAUGGUUUCAACCCCCUGGGUACAACAAGUAUUGGACCGAGUGUGCAUUCCUUAUUUCAAGAGCUUCCAAGCACUUUAAACCAGUCACGAGAUUUCUUUUCCACUGAAGCACCUCGACGAAAGCGUGCAAUGCGAAAAAGUCAACGGGUGUUUGGACCCGGGUACUAUUACGUUGGUAUUAUUGAUAUUCUACAGACAUGGACACUACAAAAGAAGUUGGAACGGUUUUGGAAAGUCAAGAUCAAUCAAAAGGACGGAGAAGGGCUCUCAGCUAUUGAUCCAGUACGCUACCAACGUCGAUUUGAAGCGAAGUUGCGUGAAAUCAUUGCGAUUCCAACGGAAUUUUAUCAUUUCGAACCACGGAAUGUUCGAAAGGAAGCACUGAUUUUUGAAUCCAUGCAACGUCUUAGUCCCGUCUUGCAAGCAGCUGCAGCAUUUGAAAAGGCGGCAGCUGCACAAAACGUUCGACGGAAAUUAGCUCGUGGUCGAGGAAAUUCGACAGAGACGACUGGUUCAUUGAAUCCUGUGGAUGACGGGGAUUCCUUCGAACAAACGGGUCGAAAUCCCCAACCGAUUUUACUCCCGUUUAAUCAACGUUUAAUCACGAAAACGAGUCAAUUGAGUUUGACCGAUUUUACAGGAUAA